AUGGCCAACCGCUCCAAUCCCCAAAACGAGCAGAACGGCAACUCAGAAAUGAAAGAUCCCGUCCAACCCGGAUCCUCAUCCUCCGACAUCGACGAAAGAAUGAGUACGCAGCUUGCCUUGAACCGUUCCGCGCAUACUUCCGUGCCUUUAUCUUUUCCAUACCUGCUGACAACAAGCCCAGCCCGGGAUUACGAGAAGGCCAUUGAUGAAACCAACGUCAUCAGCGAAGAUCGCCUUCGUCGCGCGAUACCUCAGUCCUCCACGUCGUACCAUGAACCAAAGGAGGAUACAUUUGAUAUUUCUUGGCGGCCGGAUCCAUCGGGUCAUCCGCGGAGGACGUUUUAG